GGACUCACAUGCUUUAGUAAGGAGAAACUGAGAGAUUGCAGCAGAUGAUAGACUUCCUCAGAAGAAAGGAAAGGGGCUGAGGAGCACGGAGUAAGUUUUACUUGCUGGAGGAGGACUUCAGAGCUGUGUCAGGCAAGCCAGGCUGAAAAGGACUAACAAAACAUGGAGAAUGAUGGAUCACAGUCUGAGGAGAAGGUUGAGGACAUGCCAGAAGAUGCAGCAGAAGUGGUGGAGGCAGCUCCUGAGGAAAAUUCUCAGGUGACCCAGGUACAGGGCCUGCUGGUGGAGCUGCGUGAGGGGCUCCAUGUGGCUCUGGCUGAGCUGGGCCAGCUCCGUCAGAGGGACCAUGCUUUGGAAGAGAAGCUCCAAGCACAUCAGACUGAAGUGGAUGAUAAGAUAAUGGGCCUCAAGAACUCACUCAACACAUUUAAGGAGGAGCUGAAUGUGGCACUGUUCCACAUGAGGGAUAUGUCCAAUAGACAAAGGGAGGCACAGAGGAGGAUGGAGCUGAUGCAGAUCGAAAGCAACAAGGAUAUAAUCCCUCUUCCACACAGGUCCAGCAGCAGGAAGAGCUCCAGGACAGAUAUACUAUCUGAGGAUGAACAUAUCUGCACACCCAGCCAAUCAGAGCUCAGCGUUUAUCAUAAUUUUCCCCCUACUCUGUCACAGGGGGAGUCUCCACAGAGGAGCAACACUUCUACACAAACCUCCACGUCCGACCAGGAGGCUCAGCAGCAGAAAUCUCCUACAUGGGGAGAGAAGACCAACAGCAGAGAUCAGAUGGAAAUAUCAAACAAUCAAACUGAAAACAACAAGCGACAAAGAGCUGCCCUGGAGCUGUUGGAGUCCGAGAGAGUCUAUGUAUCCCAUCUGUCGCUGUUACUGAAGGCUAACAUCUCCUUCAACGGAUCAGAAGCUCUCACUACCAAAGACAAACGUCCUUUUCCCAGCUCCUUAAGGUUUUUGAUCCAGCAGCACUUGGAGCUCCUUCACACUCUGCAGGAGCGGGUGCUCAGGUGUCAAUGGCAAGGCAUCAUGGGAGAUGUUUUUAUGAGGCUCACCAGUAAAGAAAGUGAUUUUCUGGACUUCUACGUGUCCUAUCUGAAGGAGCUUCCAGACUGUCUGUCUGUUGUCACCAUGCUGGCCUCCAGCUCCAUGAAGUCCUGUGCUUUUGUGGAGUGUGACAUAGUGGGUGAUGAAUCCAGACCUUCCCUUUACACUCUGCUCCUUCAACCUGUCCAGAGGAUCCCUGAAUACCUGCUGCUGCUACAGGGACUGCUUAGGCAGACAGAUGCAGAUCAUCCAGACUACUACUUGCUGCUGGUGUGCGUCCAACAGUUCAGGUCCUUCACUGCUCAGUACCACCACCUCCUUCAGCACAACCAGGAGCUUCUACUGCUUAACCGCAAGGAGGUGCAGAGCAGGUCCAACAUGAAGCAGCUAUUAAAGACAGUGGAUGGUGGGAUUCAAACCAACAACAUUGGGUCACCUUAUCCUGGCAGUAAUGCAAUGUUGGAACACGCUAACAUGGUGAAGCGCCGAAAGCAGUGUCUCCUGGAGCAGAUUCAGUCCCACCGCUUCCAGGAUUGGGAUCACAGUCAAAACCCUCAGAGCCACAGUUAUAAUGCAGAGUGGCCAUCCCAGACGUCAUUUUUCAGCCACAAUCUGGACUCAAGGAAUCCUAAACAAUUGGGUCUUGGCAGCAUCCCGGAGACUGAGAGAUCAGAGAGGUCAUGUCAGCACAAUCUGCCCUCCAGACCGGCUGAAUUUCGUCACGUUCAGCCCGGCUCAGCCUUGGCUGAUGCCCUUGGGGAGUUCCUCCUUCCUCCAGACCCCCCGGGGAUGGAGAGCCUCUACGACGAGGAUAGGGUCUCACUUCAUGAUACGUCUCUGUUCGACCGCUGUUCAUCUGCAUCCUCGGACUCCUCCAUUGACAUCGCCUUCGUGAAGGUCCCUAAAGCCCCCCAUGGAUCACAGCAUGCGGUGGCGAUGAAUGUGCCGACCAACAGAGAUGUGUUUGGUAAUGGAGGAAGCCAAGGUAAUGGUUACAGCCAACUGUCCAACCGGGUAUGUGUGUCACCAGAUGAAGCUAUAAUGACACGCCGCAAUCUCCAUCGCCCCCUUCAGGCUAGCCAGCGCAAGAGUAAGUCGCUGAAUGGUCUGCAAAUGGAGAACACUGUGAGUGGCGCCGAUGUGGGGCCUCUUUCAGACCACCUUCAAAGAGUGGGACUGGGAAGCCACGCCAAGCUGGAGCGGCAGGGCAGUAAGGGCAGUAAAUGUUCCACCCCAUCCCACAAAGUCCACAGUCCCCUGGGAAACACGGACAAACAGAGUUCAGAUCUUCAUGGACUGCUCAGCAUUGAGUCGAACAUCCAGUCAUGGGGUGACGAGUCAAAGUGGAGGAGCGGGACAGAGGAGAACAAUCACACCCCCUUCAGUGAGAGAAGUCGCAAGGACAAGGGAGGCUUCAGGAGCUCGUUCAAGAAACUCUUCAAGAAGAAGAGUGCUGAUGACAAAAAGGAGAAGGGAGGAGAAAAGACACCAGAAAGUCAAACCGUGGAGCAUGAAACACCAAUGAAGACUCCCAAACUGGUUCAUCUGGAGAUGAAUCGUGGGACAGCCGUAUAAUUUGUGUUUUGCUGGAAUCCAUAAGUAGCUUUCCAAAACAAAUAAAGCCUUCAGACUGAGAGAAGGGCCUUCUUCA